CUAAUGUAUGUAUUACCCCGAACGGCGUGGUCCCGUCGCAGCCACGAUUUCUGGUUAUCGUCCGUCCAGUCCAGUCCGUCCAGUCCAGUCCAGUCCAGUCCUGUCCUAGUAGCAAAUAACACAAAUAGAGUAGUAGCACCUCCACCGUUUCUCCUCCCAAAUCAGUCGGCGGUUCUUGGUGCGAUGCCUGCUAUGAAGAAGCAUACUGAGCGCAGUCACAUUGGGAAUGUAUUCAACAAGUUGCUGAAGCAGAUUGGAAGUCCUGUGGAUUUUGAACUUCCAGAUUGGUUCAGUAAAUGGAAACCCAUGAACUACACUUUUAUAAAGCGCAAUAUAUAUCUCACUAAGAGGAUUAAAAGACGACUUGAAGAUGAUGGAAUAUUCUGCUCAUGCUGCCCAUCAUCACCAGGGUCUCCUAGUGUUUGUGGUAGAGAUUGCCAUUGUGGGAUGCUACUGUCUAGCUGCUCCUCAGGCUGUAAAUGUGGAAGUUCAUGUCUGAACAAACCAUUCCAGCACCGGCCUGUGAAGAAGAUGAAACUGGUGAAGACUGAGAAAUGUGGUUCUGGAAUCGUGGCGGAUGAAGAUAUUAAGCAAGGAGAAUUUGUGAUAGAAUACGUUGGAGAAGUUAUUGAUGACAAAACAUGUGAGGAAAGGCUUUGGAAUAUGAAACACCGUGGAGAAACAAACUUUUACUUAUGUGAAAUCAAUCGAGAUAUGGUUAUUGACGCCACGUACAAGGGGAACAAAUCAAGAUAUAUAAACCAUAGCUGUUGUCCCAAUACUGAGAUGCAAAAAUGGAUAAUCGAUGGUGAAACAAGAAUAGGCAUAUUUGCAACUUGCGACAUAAAAAAGGGCGAUCACCUCACCUAUGAUUAUCAGUUUGUUCAAUUUGGUGCAGAUCAAGAUUGCCAUUGCGGUGCUGUUGGUUGUCGUGAAAAACUUGGUGUACGACCUACCAAACCAAAGAUGUCAUCAGUUGCUGCUUUGAAACUAGUAGCAUGCCAGGUGGCUGUGUCCUCUCCCAAAGUGAAAACAAUGCUCUCUGCAAAAGAUGUUUAUCCGAAUGGUGGUUUUCCUAUAGGAAGUUCUCAACCUAUCCGUAAGGACCAUAACCAAGGUGGUACUGCUUGUAAUUGCAUUGAUGAAGUGAUUCGAAUACAUCGUCCCAUAAAUCAGAGGUCAUUCGGGGUUAUCAAACGGUUUGAUAAUCAUUCCAAAAAACACGCGAUCAUGUUUGAAGAUGGUGGCAUUGAAAUCCUGGACAUGUCGAAAGAAGAAUGGGAAUUUGUAACAUUGUGAUAGUAUUCUGAGGAAUUUGUUCAAGCAAGGAUGACUUGUGGUCGUCAGCAACUGUAACAUGUAGAACAGAUCAGUAACCGGUAAAGUUAGUAACGCUUGAUUUACCUUUCCUCUGCUGUUGCAUUAACCAAGGAUCAAUUCUUUGCAAUGCAUGUUGUAACAAAUUUAUGGAUGAAAGUUUAUAAUCCACCCCCCUUCCCCCCCCAAAAAAAAAAAAGGAAAACAAUGUACGAAUGUUGUAUCAAUUAUAUUUCCAUUUUUUUUUUCUUCAA